CCGAGAAGGAGCGAGCGGAGAGCAGGAAAAGGCCGGGUGUCCACGGCCCCUGGGAGCAGCAGGAAGCAGCACUGACCGGUUCCCUGGGCUGGCAGCUCAUUCUCUGACCACCCUCCCCUGGGAGGCCCUGCGGAGGUGGCCGGUCCCGCACGCACUGCCCUUUCCUUCGGGAAGGUCACUCAGGCCAGGGAACGAGAGGCUCUGCCUGUUUCUGGGAGCUGCUGGGCUGCGUGUCAGGUGGGGGCUCUGAAGAGGAGAUUCUGCCUGCCUCUACUGCGGUCUUCACCCCUUCACCAUGCAGCACAAGGCGUUUUGGAGUGCCCUGGAGUACACCUGCCGAUUGCUGGGCAUCUCCACCGCAGCAGUGCUGAUCGGUGUGGGCAUAGAAACUCUGCAGCGAGGACAGUUCAAAAGCCUGGCUUUCUAUCUGCUUUUUUCAGGGGUUGCAGUUACGGUCUGUGAAGGCUUCUUCUUUAUCAGUUUAUUCCUGGAGAUGUGCUUCACUCACAGGCCUGAAUCCCUGGCACAGGCCUGCUGGAAGCGAGCUAGAUGCCCAGGGAGCUUCCAGAAAUUCCUGGGGUACACGCUGCUCUCAGUGGCUUGCUUCCUGCAUCCUGUCCUCGUCUGGCAUGUCACCAUCCCUGGGUCCAUGCUGGUGCUCACUGCCCUGGCCUACUUCCUGCUGAGCAAGAGGAGGAAGAGCCCAGGGCACAAAGAGACGCAUCCCCAGGCAGGUCAGUACGUGGACCCUUCAGCCACCGAGGCAGCCCCAACCAUCAUUGGUGACACUGAGCAGACCUACACCUUCCACGGGGCCCAGAGGGAGCAGCACCGCUCGCUUCUGGGCCAUAUGAAGAGCAUCCUGAAGGGCAGCAAGGACAGGAGCUCAGCCCCGGAGACUCCUGUCCAACCAGCAGCCGUGCCUGUCCCUCGCAAGCAAGUGCACUUUCAGGAGAAGGUGGUGCAGAUCAUCCCCUCUGUCAGCGAGAACUCGGAGGAUGUGGAGAGCGAGGCCGAGGAAACCACGUCGGACACAACGCCCAUCCUCACCCCGCCUGACGCCCCCAUCAUCGUCGCCCCUCUCAGCUCUGCCGGCCUCUUUUGAGCCCUCAGCAGGAAUGAGGACAGGACAGGCCUGCUACCACGGAACAGAUGCUCCAGCAGCCAAAGGGCCCCAGGAGACGGCCCUUUAUGCCUUCCGUACUUUCGGGGUGACAGCAGUGCCACCCCCUCUUCCGGGGGCUGCCCGCACUCCCUGGUGCCACGCGUUGUGGCGGGCCCGGGGGACAGGCGUGGUCCA